AUGCUGUUUAUAACCGUCUUCACACUGGCCCUGGCGAGUUUGUCCAAUGCACAAACGACUGAGUCCUCGAACAAUCAGACUUCGCACUUAUGGGGAUUGAAGAAGUUUACUUCUUGGUGCUCAUUCGGCGAUUCCUAUACGGAUGACUCUCGACUCUCGUACUUCAUCAACAACAAUGGCUCGGCACCGCCUGUCGGCUGGGUCAAUCCUGCAAACUACAAUUCUGCGAGCGGCGGACGUCAAUGGCCGCAAUAUGUCAAGCAAUACAGUGGCCUCACGGACCUCUACAAUUACGCUGUUGCUGGAGCUGUCUGCAGUAACAACCUCAUCAAGCGGACCGUGCAAGUCGCGAAUGGGGGAUUGAUUUUGUUUCCUGAUGUCGAAAAUUAUGAGAUUCCAGCAUUCAUCGCAGACUCUCAAUACACCGGAGCAAACGGCACAAAGUUCAUGGCCGCUCCCCAAGACGAGACGGUCUACUCCAUGUGGAUUGGAACCAAUGAUCUCGGGUCCUUUGUGGGAGACACUCAAGUGCAGGGAAAGAACCUGGUGGACUACUUUGACUGCGUAUUCGCGCAGCUACAAGCCCUCUACGAUCACGGAGGACGGUACUUUGUGAUUCAGAACAUCGCGCCUCUCAAUCUCGCACCAAUGUAUGCCCUCCCAGAGAUCGGAGGAGUGGGGAACGUUACCAACAGGACCGAAACCUCCUAUCGCAUGUUGGAACAAGCUGUUACCUCCAACGCAAUCUACGAAUACAGGACUGCUUUCGCCGCGAGGAUUGGAGAUUCAUUCCAAGGAGCCCAUUUCGCAGUCAUGGACAUGCAUGGUUUGAUCUCGGACAUGUAUGAGCAUCCAGAGCAAUACCUGAAUGGAACUGCGCCCGUGAAUGUUACGAGUUAUGCUCAUCAGUGCAACGCGGACAGGUCACAGUGCGUGACCUCAGAUAGCCCGGACUCGUUUUUGUGGUAUGAUGAACUGCAUCCUAGUGAGCAGGCUGGAAGGACUUUUGCCAAAACUUUCAUCGACGUCGUGAUGGGAACUAGUCGAUGGGCUACUUAUUGGUCUGCUUAG